UUUUUUUUAUUUUUAUGAAUAAUGUGUUUUUAUCUGUCCUCGUCGUACUGUUGCUUUAAGAGGGCUGAGCCUUGUGGUGAGGCUUCACCGCACUAUUCAUCUACCUGCUGCUCCACUCCUCCUCCUCUCAGCUCCUCUCAGCUCCUCUCAGCUCCUCUCAGCUCGUCUUGAUUGGUCGUCUUGGCCGAAAUCCUCUUGAAUGAUUUCAAACCUCCCCGAGUCUGUUGGACAAGAAGAAGAAGAAGAAGAAGGAGGAGGAGGAGGAGGAGGGGUCCUCUGUUAAUCCCGAGCAGACUGAGUGGAGAGGCUUGAAUCCUCCGUGCAGCAGCAACACACCACCAGCUCAGCAAAGAGGCUUACAUCCGAGGAGAGGAGCGCUGCUGACGGUUAGACGCGUUCAAGUGCGCUUUUUGUGUCCGAGUUUACGCGACGUUUCACCUUUUAGCUCUUGUUCCCAUCGUUUGAAUGGAGGGACGUCCAGAGGACACGAUGGGACGCGGUGUACUGUGCUGACGGGACCAGGACCAGGACCAGGACCAGGACCAGGAGGAUCUGAUAAAGACAAUCAAUCGAUCUGUGUUUCCCUUAGUUACUGACGGAAUGUGAGUACCAACAGUUACUAUCAGGGUUACCAUAGCAGCACAUUAACAUCUUCUGUUUCAUUGAAGAGGAGGACACAACAAUACUUUCAUAUUUUUGGACAAUGUACUCUUAUUUGAACACUACUCUGCUUGCUUAACAUUAGUUUUGACAGUUAAUUUCAAGCCUUUAACACGAACUGAGUCAGUCAUGGCUAAAAACGCGUCCGAAGGAGCUUCGGAUGAGCUGAGCCAGCAGCUGCUGCCGGACGAGGAGAUGCUGCGGUGCAGCAAAGAGGAGCUGGUCCGCAGACUGAGGAGGGUCGACGGAGAGAAGAUGAACUUGAUGAUCGAGCACGGCAACAUGAUGAAGGACAUCAACCGGAGGCUGCAGGUGCACCUGCACGAGAUCCGCAGCCUGAAGGAGAUCAACCAGAAGCUGCAGGACGACAACCAUGAGCUGAGGGAGCUCUGCUGCUUCCUGGACGACGACCGGCAGAAGGGCAAGAAGCUGUCCCGGGAAUGGCAACGCUUCGGCCGCCACACUGCCAGCGCCAUGUGGAAGGAGGUGGGCAACUACAUGAUGAAGCUGAAGGAGCUGGAGGCCAACCAGGACACCGUGCUGAGGGAGAACUCUGAGCUGAAGGAGAUCAUCCUCAUGCUGGACGAGGAGAGGAACGGAGCAGGGUCCAGGAGCUCCAUAGACAGUCAGUCCAGUUUGACCAACCUCAAUGGGGGCACUGGGACAGUCAGGGAUGUUGGGGACGGGAGCAGUACCUCCAGCACUGGGAGCGCUGGCAGCCCAGAUCACCACAACCACAACCACAACCACAUACACAAGCCCGCCACAGAGAACGGUAAGCUGGGCACCACCAUGAGGAGGUCCAUGGAUGACCUGUCGGCGCCGCACCAUCACAGGAGCAUCCCCAAUGGACUCAAUGAUUCCCCCUCCAACUACAUCAGGCAGCUGGAGACUAAAGUGCGGAUCCUGGAGGACGAUAACAAUAAGCUUCUCACACAGGCUUAUAACCGGUAUAGUUUAUCACAAAUACCGACGAAAAAGUGUAACCCAGGUGACCUCCGUGCCCUGAGGAAGGGAAUGACCCUCUACCACUCAGAGUCCCAGCUGUCCUCGCUGCCCCAACGCCAGGACGCCAUGCACAAGGGUACCGGCCGUCUCCCAACCAGCGAGUCCUCUCCAGCCACAGGCUACCUGUCCUGCGUCCAGAAGCCUGAGGCCGUGGUGCACGCCAUGAAGGUGCUGGAGGUCCACGAGAACUUGGACAAGCAGGUUCCGGAGGACUACGAGGACGACCUCAGUGAGAAAGAGAAGGCCAUUGUGCGAGAGAUGUGCAACGUGGUGUGGAGAAAGCUGGGUGAUGCAGCAGGAUCAAAGCUGUCCAUCAGACAGCACCUCUCUGGGAACCAGUUCAAAGGGCCGCUGUAGCGCGGCAACCAGAGAGAAGAGAGAGAGAGAGAGAGAAAGAGAGAGAGAUCAGGAUUUACAGUACCUACACUCACCUGAAAACACCUCUUACUACCUGCGCCUACACAACCCAUCAUGCCGUGCUCCCUACUGCCUACAGCACCCAGCAUUCCUUCAGCAAAAACACUCUUGAGACUGGCUAAGAUUAGCUACUACAUGGACCUGUUAGUCUGUUAUUCACAUGCACAACUUUAACAUGUUUUUAACUCUCAGUUAUGAAGCGUCGACGACUGGCAGCUAGUUUCACUGAUUCGCCACUUUUCUUCGUUGAUCUCUCUCUGUAAACACUAUAAAACACGGUGCCUUCAAAUGAAAGUCGUGAGCUUGUGUUUACAACGAGUCGUGUUCAAGUGGUAACUUAAAUAAUAUGCAUUUCUUUCCUGCCCCUUACCUCGUAACAUCUCUAUGCUUUGCUCUAAUGCACCCAUAGAUCGGCGCAUCUCGUUGAUCCACACGUUUCUUGUGAGACUCACGUGAACUGUGUCGCUUCAUGUCGUAUUCCGCCCCUGUAUGAAACUGAAAAAUAACUGGCAAAUUUCACCAAAAACUCUGAGAAUCGCCUUCCACCGGCUUCUAAAUAGUUAUAAGUAGUUUCACAGUCUUUGUUGUAGCUGCUCUUCCUUCUUCUUUGUGCUAGUUUCCAUCAUAUUCCGCCUAAAUCUGCAUAGCUUGUGACUUUGCGGUGACUCGCAAUUUUCUCCGUCAGGCAUAGCGUUGCAGAGACGAUGAAAUGUUAACCUGCACUUGACCCCACGUGUGCGCAGUUUGACAGCAAACACAGCUCCGUGAUGACAGCCUUCCCUGCUUUUUUCACAGCCAUUUGAUAAAAGCCAGAUUUUUAAAAAGCAUCUAUCCUGCAUUGGUUUGACUUUUGAAAACUAGAGCCGAUGAAAAUGUGGGACUUUGUCUCAAUUUGUGGGACAAGGGAUAAAAAUGCUGUGCAGUCCCUCGUAAAGUGGAACACCUGGUCACCCUAUAAGCAACGGCAAUAUUAACGUUACUGUCGGCAUCUAGAAGCCACGGAGGCUAACAAUUUAGCAAGC